AAACAACUGGUUUAAACUAGGUCGUGAAAAACUUUUUGAAUAUAUUGGAUAGUGAAUUAAAGAGGCUCUUUCAAACUUCUCAAGGUUUAUUUUGAUCAAAAGCGUAAUUGUUUUUACCGUAUCUGUUCAACUAUAGUUAUUUCAUAUGCCCCACCAUUAUAUUAAGGUUAAAUCAGAAUCUAAUGAUAGUGAUGAGAAUGAGAAUGAAAAUUUAAAAUUAAAAGAACUUCAAUCACCAAUAUUUAACAUUGAAGUAGAUGAUGUAUUGUGUAAAUUUUCAAAGCACAUAAUAUUACUUCCACAAUCGGAUCAUGUACGUGUAUUACAAACCGUCAUCAGAAAUAAAGAUACUCCAAGAAAUGAAUUUUUAUUCAAUGCAGAUUGUUUAAUUCGUUUAAUAGUUGAAGAAGGCUUAAAUCAACUUCCUUAUGAAAAUGUAUGCAUUACAACGCCUACAGGUCAUUCAUAUCAAGGUAUAAAAUUUCUUCGUGGAAAUUGUGGUGUAUCUAUUAUGCGAUCCGGUGAAGCAAUGGAACGUGGUCUAAGAGAUUGUUGUCGAUAUAUGCGUAUUGGCAAAAUACUGAUACAAAAAGCUAAAGAAAAUAAUGUCAUCGAUGCGAAAGUAUAUUAUGCUAAAUUUCCACCAAAUAUUGAACAUAGAAAAGUUUUAUUAAUGUAUCCUAUUCUAGGCACUGGAACAACUGUUCUAAAAGCUUUAGAUGUUUUACGAACUUAUAAUGUUCCAAUAGAAAAUGUAAUUUUGCUUACAUUAUUCGCAUCACCACAAAGUCUUGUCAAUGUUUUAACACGUAAUCCAGCAUUACGUGUAGUCACAUCAGAAAUUCAUCCAAUUGUACCAAGUCAUUUUGGUCAACGUUAUUUUGGCACAUUUUAAAUUAUUUUUGUGAGUUUUUAAUCAAUCAAUCAAUCAAUAACAACCAGCACUAGAAUGUAUGAUUAUUGAUGAUUUUAACUUAAACUCUCUUUCUUCUCUUGUCUAAUGUGUUCAAAUUUAUUGCCCUGUGUGUUUUAUUGUUGUGGUUGUGAUUGAAUGGUUGCCAUUUCCGGUGUCACAUUGAUUAUUGAACACUUUGAACAUUGAAAGAAAAAAAUGUCCUAAUCACAUUCAUUCAUUUUAUAUAUUUAUAUAUAAACAAUGGUACUUACUAUAUUGUAAAAAUUCUUAACCAAAACUAAUUUCUCUCAUUCUUAUCUAUUUAUAAUUUUACCACUGAAAAUGUUUGUUUUUUUACUGUACAAUACAAUACAAUGAUUCAUGUUUUA